AUGGAAGACAAAAUUUCUACUUUAAAAAAUGUUCCUCCUUGUACGACCAUAACAGAAACGAACAGAAAUUUACUACCUUCUUCCUCGUUACCCCCAGAAAUUCUAGUCAACAUAUUUAGUUUCUUUUGUUCGGUUACGGACCUGUUAUCAUGUGCUCAAGUUAAUCAAGCAUGGCAUCAUGUAAUUACAGCUUUCUACAUAUGGCAUUCAAUAAAAUUUAAGAAUUAUGAAACAUUUUCAAGAUUUCAUGAAGUUUUGCAAAUGAUAUCAAAAAUGAGAAGUAGACGGGCAUUAGAAAAUUGGAGUAAACUUAUAGCUACUUACUUGAAAACCACCGUUAUAGAGUCUUCCAAUUCAGAAAUUUAUAAUGUUGAUGAAGAUGAAGCUGAUGAAUUGGUGGGAACUCCGACUUCUUUAUCAAGACAAAUUUAUUUUCAUUCAACAAGAUAUUAUGGACAUUUCGUUAUAAAACUUGAUUUGUCCAAAAUUCAUAAAAAAGUGAAUAUCACCGAAAAGAUGUUUUGCGAUUUAUUUCCAAAUAUACCAAAUCUAGAGAACGUCAAUUUUUAUAAUUGUUAUACGGUUACUGAUGAAGUAAUCAAAAACCUAACGGAAUCAUGUCAUCGUCUAAGGAAAAUAAAAUUAUUCGGAUGUACAAGUCUCACAAACAAAUCUUUGGAAUAUAUUGGAAUGCAAUGUACGGAUCUCACCUUUUUAAACAUGGGGUAA